CCACGUAAUGGUAGAUCUAGGUACCUAUAAAAGCCGCAGUUGCUUUUUAUAUGAUUGUACAAGCUAGCUAGCAAUCAAUUUGAGACUAUGGCUGAAGAAAGAACAGAUGCAGUAUUGACUGGCUCUGAUCAGAUCACCCUUGAAUGCUCUACAGAGUACGUGAGCUACCCUCUGACUGAGCAGACAUGUUGGGCUGUCACCUCCUUCAAAGCUCCUUUUCACGAGCCGACCUCUCGAGCCUCAGUGGACAUUGUGGCUGUCAUUGACAAGAGUGGCUCUAUGGGUGGAGAGAAGAUCAAGUUGGUCAGGAAAACACUGUUGUUUGUCAUUGAUCAAUUGAAGGACUGUGACCGGAUGUCACUGGUUACUUAUGACUCUGGUGUGACUCUCAACUUUUCCCUCAUGAAGAUGGACACACCCAAUAAAGACAGGGCUAAGGCUUUUGUUGAGUCGAUCAAAGAGGGCUCCUGCACCAACCUCUGCGGAGGACUACUAAAAGGAAUGGAGCAGGUAGCUCUGACGAGUGGUGACGAUGAGAAGGCUAAAGUCCAGUCUGUGCUCCUACUAACAGAUGGUUUGGCAAACGAGGGCAUCACAGGCAUGGCCAAUAUUCUCAAUGUAAUCAAGAAAUUCCAGGAGGAGGGACAGGGAGCUGUGGAAACAUACUCACCAGUCUCAAAUCCUCCUCGUCGUCAACAACAACAGAGAGUGCAAAAUGUACGACAAACUCGACCUGGUUUCUUUGGACGGCUGUUUGGAAAUCAAUCGUCCUCAGCUCAACCAACCCCACCCCCUCUGCAGCAACCAGGUCCACCCCCUCAGCAGCAACAAGCUCCACAAAUGCAGCAACAAGCCCCGCUGAGCAUGCCUAAGUUGGAUGUAAAUGAUGAAGAAGAAGCCAUGGAAGUAGACGAGUCUGAGCCAAAACCGAAGCCAUCGGGCCCUAAAUUUGAGGGCACCAUCUACACGUUUGGGUUUGGGUCUGACCACGAUGCCACUCUGCUGGAGGCCGUCUCCACCCAGGGGGGCGGAGUCUACUAUUACAUUGACUCUAACGAAAAGAUUCCUGAGUCAUUUGCUGACUGCCUGGGGGGUCUACUGAGUGUGGUGGGUCAGAACCUCUCUCUCAAGCUGGAGCUACAGGGAGGCAACAGUGUGGCCGAGGUACACGCUAACAGAGCCAUCAAUUGGACGACUCCUGACAAAACCUGUGACAUUGCCAUGGGAGACCUUCAGUCGGAGGAGGAGAGAGAUAUUGUGAUGGAGCUAAAACUGCCGACUAUGCCCAGUCCCCAACAAGACCUGGUCAUAAAGGCUACUCUCUCCUACUUCAAUGUCAUCACUUCAGCCCUUGACACUGUCACUUUUGACCUCAACAUAGACAGGAAAGACGGUGCUCAGGGCCCAGCAAAGGAAUCUGUGGAUGUGCAGAGGAACAGAAUCAUUGCAACUAGUGCUCUGAAGAAAGCCGAACCACUUGCUGAUCAAGGCAAGCUGGAAGAGGCUAGAACUAUUUUGAAGGACGCUAUUAAGCGAUUGGAAGAGUCUGCUUCUGCUCAACAAGAUUUCUGCAAGGCACUCAUCAGUGACUUGAAACAGAGUCUGGAGUCGAUGCGCUCGAGAGAUGAGUACCACGGCCAUGGGAAACUAUACAUGCAUAGCAAGGCCCAAGCUCACUCUGUGCAGAGGUCAAAUUUUGUGGAUGAUACCAGUUACUACCAGACCUCCUCUAAGAUGGCUAUGAGGUCAAAGGCCAAGUGGUAAACUUGAACUUUAUUUUUGUUAUUGUUGGCACUAGAAUGCAAUAUAUCUGUUCUUGUGAUUAUUGUGAACUCAUAGUUUUUAUUACCCCAUUGAAAUUUUGAAUAAAAUUAUACUCAUCAA